UAUCAAGAAAUGACUUGGAGACCAGCAAGCCUUUUUUCCCCUUUCUCCUGCAUAGUUAAACGUGUUAAUAUUGGACAGCGGAGUCAAUGGAUUGGAGUUUUUGUCUCGAGAAAACGACUGGGAAGAAAUGUUGCAUAGUAGGAGCAAGGGAUCUCAAAAUUUCACUAACAGAUAGCCCUCAGAACUGGAAAUGGAGAUUUGAUGCAGAUUCCAGGUUCUCGGAGGUGGCUGAGUUUCGUUCAGUCUUGAGGCUUGGUAUACGAGCAAAGAUUAAAGCACGAAUGCUGCAGCCGCGGACGGUAUAUGCAGCGUGUCUAGUAGUCAAAAUAGGAGGAGGCUGCAGCCUUCAAUCUGCCAAGGCGAUGAUCAGAUUUGUGAAUGAUGAAUCAGUUAGAGACGUAGCUAAAGGAGCCAGGACAGUGUACCUUCAACUUGUGAAGGAGACAAAGGGAGGAAAUGUCGUGCAGAGAGUGGUUGGUGGAUGGAGGUCGAAAUGGAGAACUUCUACGUUGGCCAAGGAGAUGACGGAGAGGUGGAGGCACCAUUGCUGGAUUCAGGAGAUGGAAGACUGGCCUCGUCGUUGAAGGGGUUGUGUUUCAACCUACG